CUUUGAAACCACACAACAAAGGCAGUCCUUCCACGCAGACCCAAAACAACGGUGAUGAGAAGAGUGGUGCAGGCAGUUCGACGCACAGCUGGGUUUGCACAACACACGCGCACGCUCUCAACAAAUAAGGACUGGACGGAGAGUGCCGUGAAAGGGCGGGUAGCAGCGGAGGUGUCAGAGGAUGUCACAGACUACUCAGAGUUCCAUCAGCCCGUGGGCCGCCUCUUGAAGCAGCUGCCGUCGAAGCAAGAUGACAUCCAGCAGUACAGGCUGAGCACAGAGCAGCUGCGGUUCUAUGACAACAACGGCUACGUGGGAGGCGUCCCCGCGCUCAGCAGCCAGCAGUGCGACAUGCUGCUGGAGGAGCUGGCCACCUUGGCUGAUCCAAGCAACCCCCACCCUGGGCACGGCCUGUUCCAUGAGUACCACGCGAACCAGACGCAGGAUCCAAACAACGUGCUUCUGCACGCGUUAGGCCACUGGCGCAUCACCCCUGGCUUUCACGACCUCAUCUUCCUUCCCAGCAUCACCGUGCCUGCAAGCCAACUCGUCGUGCGCCACGGCUCGGCGCCCUUCUCGGCCGUGCGCUUCUGGCACGACCAGCUCUUCUGCAAGCCGGCGCAUCAUGGCGGAAACGUUGCGUGGCAUCAAGACUACUCGUACUGGACGCGCACACGGCCCAUGCAACACCUGACAGUGCACGUUGCGCUCGAGGACCAGACUGCAGACAACGGCGCCAUCAUGUAUGUGCCGGGGUCGCACCACUGGACACGCGACGGCGCGCCGCUGCCCAUCACCGCAGACGACUUUGCCGAUAUGGACUCGAUUCAGGCAGUGUUGACGGAAGACGAGCGCAGGCACUGGAAGCCCGUGCACUGCUGCCUGAAGAAGGGAGAGGCCGUGUUCCACCACCCACUCGUCGUGCACGGCUCAUAUGGCAACCGCUCCCCACGCUCGCGCCGCGCGGCUGUUGUCAACUACUUUGCCGACGGCACAACAGCCAAUACCGAUGGCCCGCUGAUGGAUGGCAUCCCUGCUGUGCCGCGCGGUCAGCCGUGUGCAGGCCGCUUCUUUCCGCUCGUGUUUGACCCGCGCUGGUGCAUGUAACACCGUGGCGGUGGUGGGGAUGAGCAUGGUGACACGUGCUCGACUGGGUGCGCGACAAACCAUCAACACAAACAGACGACAGCAGCGGGAAUCGCAACCGCCCAACGACGACAGCACUGUUCGCGUAGUUCCUCUGCCUGUUCCCUUGCGCAUGAAGCCACUGAACGGCAGGCAUCGUUCACGUCUGCCACUUCUUGGCAUGUGUUGUUGUUACACGUUCCGUUACACUACUGUUCAUUCG